AAUACACAGAAGAAGACGAACACGGAAGCGUCUCGGUGUUGUGAUCCUGCUUUGAUCUGUAUUAUUAGUUUUCUAAGCUGACUGAUCUGAAAUGUGUACUGGAUGUAUGCAGAAACAAUAUCCCGACAGAGGUAAUACCUGUCUCGAGAAUGGUUCGUAUCUCAUGAAUUUUCUCGGAUGCGCCAACUGUCACCAGCGGGACUUUGUACUGAUCAGUGACAGGACGGUCGUGAAUGAAGAUGAGGAAGAGAUUGUCACUUAUCUGCAUAUGUGCAAGAACUGUGAUCAUGUCAUAGCCAGACAUGAGUACACCUUCACUGUGGUGGAUGACUAUCAGGAAUACACAAUGUUGUGUAUGCUGUGUGGAAAAGCAGAGGAUUCCAUCAGUGUUCUGCCAGACGAUCCCAGACAAACAGCUCCUCUGUUCUAGAGUAUUUGCACGAUGGAGGGAGACUUGAAAUAUGCAAUGUAGACACAGUGUCACGAUUAAUCCAAUAGAAUAUAUUGCAGAAUGCAUCGUGUUCUUUGUUUCUACUGCUUCAAGAGUGGCUCAAGGUUCACAGUAUGGCUCUGACUCAUAAAGACAUGAGUUUGAGAGUCAUUUACAAAUAUUAAACCUAAUUAUGAGCCAUGGUUCCUUAUGCUUGUGUUCAUCAUGUUUGAUUUGCUCACUCUAUUAAAAGGAAAGUGUGUAUUGUUUCCCAUGUUAAAAUGCUUUCUUCCAUACCAUCUUAAGGCCAAUUCACACAGCAACGACAGACGGCAACAUACACUUCAUUGGGUUUUGCCGGAGCUUGUUGUUUCUGCGAUUGAACAUGCUGAAUUGGAAUAAUGUCGGAGAAGUGGCGUGCUGUAAUCUGGUGACUGGGGGUGCAUUGUGAAUUGGGCUUUCAUAUGCAGUGUUGUUCUGUCGCCAAUUAAAUGAGUAAAUGAUUUGCAAGAAAGGUUAGGUUUAAGUGGAUUUGCAAAUGACAGGAUUUUUGUUACUAUGCAUGCAACACUUACACUAGAACAUGACUGAUUUAGAGAUGAAAUGUUUUAAA